AUGACCGCCGCUACCAUUACGACAUUCUAUCCACUUCCCCGCCUCCCAUUCGAGAUCCGCGCUCGCAUCUGGGAGCUGAGGGUCGAGCCCCGUAUCGUCGAGGUAGUCUACUAUUACCCGAGCCCCGCCAAAAUGACCGACCCAGACGCGUGGGCGAAGGGGUCGAUGAAGAGUCUGCCGCCGGUGCGCCACCCACCUGCGCUCGUCUACCGCAGUUCCGGCCCAACUGCAAACUCGGAAAGACGACGUUGCAGUUUACACACUUUUUCAACAACAGCCCGCCGCUGCCUGUCCUCGACCGCCCCCAACUCCCUGAUCUCUAGUUCUUUCUCCCUCGACUUUUGA